AUGGCCUUCAACUCUAACCAGGCCGGCUACAACGGUGACGGCAGAGCAGUGAGCCUCAACUUCGACUCAACAAAUCAGUACAACCGGGACUAUCAGAAUUCAAAUGGCUGGGUCCAUACCAGAGAACCGAACACUCCUCGCUACGAAGCUCCAGUUACUCCUCGAUACGGAGCUCCAGCAACUCCUCGAUACCCAGGACCGAUAGGACCCAAUGGCUAUCCAGAGGAUCGAAAGGAUCAAGACAGAAAAGUCCAAGACCCCUUCACCGUCGACGAAAGAUCUGUUCAACCAACUCCACGCGAAUCACCACGUGAAUCGUUCGACAUCGAGAAACAAAAGCAUGAAGCCCACGCAGUUCCUCACGAUCCCCAUAAGAAGGAUCCUAACCAGCCCAAGUUACCGUUUGGCCAACGUCUCCGUCACUUCACGUGGGCUUGGUACACCUUGACGAUGAGUACUGGAGGUGUGGCCACGCUGCUUUCCGUUCAGCCCCACGCAUUUCCAGGUCUCAUUUCGAUUGGUGCAGUAUUCUAUGUGGUCAAUCUGGUUUUCUUCGCCGCCUUGGGUACUAUGAUGGUACUACGCUUCACCAAAUUCCCGGGCACCUUCAAGGAAUCAUUGAAACAUGAGAGAGAGGGCCUCUUCUUCCCCACGUUCUGGUUGUCCGUCGCUACGAUUAUCACUGGCACGCAGAAAUACGUCGUUCAAAUGUACGAAGCAGAACAUGCCAUGAAGGGUUGGAUAAUCACGAGCAUGGCUAUUGCAUUCUGGGUCUACGUUUUUUGCACCUUCUGUCUUGCCAUUUUCCAGUAUUCCUUCCUCUUCAUCGGACAUACAUACAUGCUCCAGAAAUUCAUGCCUUCGUGGCUGUUGCCCAUUUUCCCUAUCAUGCUUGCUGGCACUAUUGCAUCUGUCAUUGCAGCCGACCAACCGAUAGGGUCCAGAAUGCCCAUACUGGUAGCGGGACUGGGCUGCCAGGGUCUCGGCUUCACAGUAGCAAUCAUCAUGUACGCUCAUUACAUUGGCCGCCUUAUGCAGGCGGGCUUACCAAACCGUGAGCAUCGUCCGGCGAUGUACAUCGGCGUGGGUCCGCCCUCGUUCACAUGCCUCGCUUUCAUCGGCAUGGCGAACGCCCUUCCUGACGAUUUCGAUCUUCAAGGAGAUGGGCUCUUGGACGCUCAAUUACUGAGAACUUUGGCUCUCGUUGCAUCAUUGUUUCUUUGGGUUCUGGCCAUGUGGUUCUUCAUGCUGGCUACCAUUGCUACGCUGCACUCUCGACCUGAAUACUUCCAUCUCGGAUGGUGGGCCAUGGUGUUCCCAAACACUGGUUUUGUCAUUGCGACUAUCAGCAUCGGCAACAGUCUGAAUGAUGAGAUCAUACGAUAUGUCGGUAAUGGAUUGACUAUUGUGAUUAUCACCAUGUGGUCUUUUGUGAUAUUCUGCAAUUUCCGAGCCGUCGCAGUAGCUGAUAUCAUGUAUCCCGGCCGCGAUGAAGACGUUGAAGACUAG